GAUUCAUAAGAAACCACCAAUAGCCCCUGUCUCCUCGUCCGAUUUGAAACCUUUUCUCUCUUACUUGACCGUUAUCGACGCCAGCUGACAGGCUCUUUAUGCGGCUUCUCCAGGCUUAUUACAGUACUCUCAGAUCCCUGCGACAGCUCUCCCCUUCAUCCGGGUCAUUCUCCGCAUCCACCCCGCUUCCGUUUCGUGCUGCAAUCAGACCAGCUUUCAUCAAACGCACAAUGGCAACAGCAAUGGCAAAGCGCCUUGAAGGCAAGACAAUCCUCGUGACCGGUGCAUCUUCCGGUAUUGGACGAAGCACUGCCAAGGAAUUCGCCCGCACUUCUCCCAAGGACUUGAAGAUCAUCGUGACUGCUAGACGGAUCGAUUCACUGCAGGAGCUGGCUAAGGAGAUUAAGGAGGAAGUCGGUGAGGGCGUCAUGGUGUUGCCUGUGCAGCUGGACGUGAGCAACCCGGAAGAUAUCAAGAAAUUUGUGCCGUCUCUCCCCGAAGAGUUCAAGGAAAUCGAUGUCUUGGUUAACAAUGCAGGCCUUGUUAAGGGAGUUGCUAAGGCUCCAGAAAUUGCACCUGAGGAUAUCAACGUCAUGUUCUCGACCAACGUUACUGGACUGAUCAACAUGACCCAGGCCAUCCUUCCCAUCUUCAAGAAGAGAGCCGAUGGUGGUCGCGGAGAUAUCAUCAACAUUGGCAGUAUUGCUGGCCGCGAGGCUUACCCUGGCGGUAGCAUCUAUUGUGCCACAAAGGCGGCUAUCAGAUCGUUCACCGAUGCUCUGAGGAAGGAGCUUAUCGCCACAAGAAUCCGUAUCAUUGAGAUUGAUCCUGGCCAGGUUGAGACGGAAUUCUCCGUUGUGCGGUUCUACGGAGAUAAGGCCAAGGCAGAUGCAGUUUAUGCCGGCUGCGAGCCACUUACACCCGAUGAUAUUGCUGAGGUGGUUGUAUUUGCUGCCGGUCGGCGCGAGAAUGUUGUGAUUGCAGAUACCUUGAUUUUCCCUAGCCACCAGGCAUCGCCGACUUCCAUGCACCGCAAGGCUUAGUGUAUACGCAUUUAUGUUUGUGGACUUGUAAAGAGCACUCAAUGGUGGAGCGACAUUAGAAUUGGCUGGAAUUUUGGUAGAUUUAGACGAUAUGGUCAAAUGAUAUUACAUGAUGAGACUGCAU